AUGGCCCCGACCAAUGACAAUGAGCGGCCCAAUCCGAACGAAAAGGUUCUGCAUGUGUGGUCCAAGCCGAUAGCAGAAGGCGAUCAGGUUCCAGAGUCGGCCAAGAACCCUGAUGGAACUCCGAAUUCUCAGACUGCGUUUUCAGCAGCGGUCUCUAUGAUAAAGAAAGAGGACUUUACAAACAUUGCGAAUACACCGUGUGCGCGGCAAGGACUGUUGACUGGCAUUGGAGCUGGGGCUGGCCUUGGCGGCUUGAAAUUUGUGCUUCAAGGCAAUGCCGCCAAAUCUGCCAAUUGGGCAGUUGGAUUCUUCAUGUUAGGUAGCAUCGCCUCCUACGAAUACUGCCAGUACCUGCGGCGUUCCGAGAAGAUCCAGAUGAAGCGACACAUUGAGGUGGUCACGCAGAACAAAAAAGAGCAGGCAAAGAAGCUGGCCGAAGAGAGGCGUGAGCAGCAGAGGAUAGAGGAGGAGCAAAAAGCCCGAAAUCGAGCCUGGUAUAAGAUUUGGUGA